AUGGAUACAUGCCACGUGAAUACCAUGUCACUGAUCCCAGGGGAACAAGCACCAAAGGCCUGCCGUCGCAGCCAGCAGAACGACGAGCCUCGUACGGCACUAGCACCGGCCUGGCUUCAGCGCCUUUGUGGGCACCUGCUGUCUGGGAGGCUGUUAAGACCUGGUGGAGUUCAGGCUGUGCUCCGGGGCAUCCUGGAGGAAGCCGGAGCUGGGGCCGUGCGGGGCAGCAGUGCAGAAGCGGCAGCAGCUGACUGGCAGAAGUGCGAGGCCAUCGCCAAGAUCCUGUCCUCGUGCCCUCAGCAAUCUCUGUCCCUGGAGAAUUAUUGUCAAGGGAUUUGCCCUCAGAUUCUGCAGCUCUUCCUCAUCCAGGAUAAGCUGAUGAUGCGCCAGUUCCAACGGGUGGCGACCGCAACGGUCCUCGCCAUGGUGAGGCAACAUCCCCAGCAGGCCAAGGAGCACCUGCUGCGCCCCCUGCUGGAGCCCCUCUUGCGCUGCCUGGGAGAGCCAGAAGGCUCCCUGGAAGACCUGCCAGCUGGGUCGGUGCUGGUGGAAGAGGAGUUGCUCUCGGGGUGCGUGGAAACGGUGUACAAGGUCUGUGUGGUGGGCAAUGAGCCCUUGCCUUGCCUCCUGGGGGCCCUGCAGCCUGCGCUGGGGGCCGUCUUCUCCCUCUGGUGCUUCACCAAGCAGAACGUGUCCUCCUUGCGCACCCCCUGCCAGGAGAUCCUGCUGUGGUUCCUGGAGAAGAGUGAGCAACAGGCCUCCCUGGAGGCCCUGGAAGGCUUGGCGGAGCUCAGAGGAAGCCCCCGCCUGCCCCACCCCCACUGCCAGUUCCAGGUGGGCAGCGAAGGGGGCGUGGUGGCCACCAUCAGGGAGGCUGAGAGUGAUGAAGACGAGGCUCUGUAUCGGAAGCUGUCGGAAGAGCAGUGGCAGCUGGAGCAGCUGGUGGACUUGUUGUCUCAGUGCCGGAGGGGCAGCCUAGCUGGAGACUUCUUCCUGGGCUGCUUGAAGGAGCUGAGCCAGAUGGCCUCCGAGAGGGACCCUGCGCCCCCUUCGCAAGGGCACCCCCUGGAUCUGGAGCAGCUCUGCCACCCAGCCCUCCCCCAGCAGACGAGGCAGCUGCAGGUGCUCCGCCUGGUGGCCCUGUUGACUGAGGGCAUUUCGGACUCUCUGCUCACAGACAUCAGGCAGCUGAAAUCCGGAGACUUUGGCAGCCUGAAGCAGCUGGUGCCCCUGCUGGAGGAACUCUCCCGCCUCCACCCGGAGCCCGUCAUCCAGGAGCUGGCGGCUGACCUGAGCAUCUCCAUUUGCACCCACCGCGCCUUUUCCACAGAGGCCGUCCGCACUGCUGCCUGCCAGGCCCUGGGCGGGCGUGUGGGCGGGGCAGCAGCCCAGAAGCCCCCCGGGAGCCGCCCGGGGCAGCCUCAGGGGACGGACUCGGUUGCCCAGGGAAGCUCCGCCCCCUGCGGCCCCCAGAGCCAGCUGCAGGAGCUUCUCUCGGAGGCUUACAGCCCUGACAUCCCCACGCGAGCGGCUGCCUUGCGCCUCCUCUCCCAGAGGGUCGAGCGGAGGGAGCCCGGAGCCCUGGAGACGCGGGAGAAGGUGCUGGAGGUUUUUGUAGAAAACCUGGAGCACAAAGACUCCUUUGUUUACCUUUCUGCUAUCCAAGGCCUGGCCCUGCUGUCCGAUGCCUCCCCACAAGACAUCCUUCCCCUCCUGCUCAGCCAGUACGCGGGCGCCCCCCUGGCGGAGACCAGGAUGAAGGUGGGGGAGGCGCUGCUGCGCACCACGCGAGCCCUGGGAGACCUGGCCUUCCAGCACAGAGAGAAGCUGAUCCAUGCUUUCCUGCGAGGAGUCCGAGAUCCUGACCCCUCCCUCAGAGCCAGCAGCCUGUCCAACCUGGGGGAGUUGUGCCAGAUCCUUGGUUUUCAGCUGGGGUCGGUGGUCCAUGAGCUGGCCUCCUGCUUAGCAGCUGUGGUCAAAACCGACCAUGAAGCCGAGGUGCGUAGAGCCGGAGUCCACGUGGUGGUGCUUCUCCUGCGGGGGCUCAGCACGAAAGCGGUGGAGGUUCUCCGCGAUGUCCUGCUGGACCUUUACCGCCUGCUGAAGUGGGUGGUGCGCUGUGAGGGAGACGAGGUGACGGUGCUGCACGCUCAGCUGGCCUUGGAGGAGCUGGACGGCCUCCUCCGGCAGCUGCUCUUCCCCCCCCAGGCGCUGCGGAAGAAGAUUGAGAUCCUGCCUUAGGGCUGCUGCUCCGGGUGGGGCUCUGCCACUCAGAGGCCCCCCUCCUCCGUGGCCUCCGCGGGAACUUUGCCCCUGUGGGGCAGCCCCUGCACAGACUCAGCUGUCCUGAGAGAAGCAUUGGAGGGGACGGGAGCACAUCAGCCAAGGCAAUAAAUGAAGCCCAGGAGUGGCACAUUUGGAAA